AUGAGCCGCAAUGAGAACGACAUAUACCCUCUGUGCCCAACUUAUUUUAAGGUAUACUUCGGCUCCGAGUCCUGGACAACGAAACCCCAGGAUAUCAGUGAACCAGGAUACAAUUACACGUCCACGAAUAAGUUCCGGCACAAAGACAGCCUUGGGCGGGUGUGGACAGGUCCUGAAGACGAUCGAUACCUUAGCGCGACGGAUGGGCGACUCGCACCACUGGUUGUACAAGCGACCAAAGAUACAUUUGACGGGCCUGCCAACUCUACCUGGGUGCGAACAGACCUAGUGGAGUGUACACCGGGUAUACUUCAAAUUGUCUACUCACUCCUGGGCCCUCAACUUCGAAAUGGCUCGGCUAUGUCGAUUGUGGGGGCUGGCUUAGCAUGGAUUCCGUCUUGUUUGGCCAUUUCUCUUCUGUCAGUCCCAGGUCAAAAAGAGCACGGGAUAUCACAGCGACUUCUUCGCCCAAGGCGGCUUGUCUUGCGUCAGGACAAAUUUGAAGGGGUGCCAAACCCUGUGGAUGUCGAAAAAUGGGAGUCGAACCAUGAGACCUUGGACUAUAUUUUCAUAUGCUACAGCACAAAGCAGUUCAAGCAUCGAAUGACCCAGAAAUACGAUGAGGAAAAUGGCAUUUCCAUAGAGGAGAUGAAUGAACACAAUCGCAUGGCCGAUGAAGACAUAGGUGAGCUACAUCAUAUUGGCGAGGAUGCUGCGCGAAAGGCUGGAGUUGCUGCAUACUGGCUCGCAGGUAGCUGCAUGGAAUCCGAAGAGGGAAAUUCACCUUCCGACGACAGAUAUUCCAAAGACGUUUACCGAAUUAGUGAUAUUGUCCGGGGUGCUCACUCUCUCGUCGUUGCUAUCGGGCCUUCUCGAGAGCCAUCUUCCGAGCCAAGCCUAAAUGAGAGAGAAAUGCUCCGCCAGCUAGGAGAGAGAAUGUGGACAUUCCCGGAAGUCCUCCUAAGUCCUACAAAUCAACCCAUCACUCUCUAUGCGCGGCACACCGGUACUAUGCGAAAUCUCUCUAAGCGUGACUUUACGAAUGAGGCUUGGGGUGACACCCUUACAUCGAGACAACUUGUUGAUCACUACGAGGGAACGAUCAUAUUAAGUCCCCUAGAGCUGGUUUCUCUUGCCUUGCAAUGCUUUCCAAAUCGUAUGACCACAACAUACUGCAAGGGCGAUCUCUCAUAUGCCUUGAUGGGUUUGUUGCGACGACGCCCAGAUAUUAGUAAGGAAGACUCAUCUUUCGAGGCCUUCUGUCGGCUUUCCUUGGCCAAUGACAGUGAUCAGUUGAUUGAACGACUUAUAUGCAUGUUCCCCAAGCAGAAUAAGGAGAAAGACAUCGAGCGGCCUUGGCAUGAAAUUGACGACACCUGGGAUAGUAACCUCUGGGAUAUUAGGCCUCACUGCCAGGUCGUUGGCUUGGGAGGAGAUGACACAAUAAUUUUGAGUGGUGCCAUGGGGGCCCCGAUUCAUUGGAAAUCAUUUGAGCCUGUCAAUAUUUUGAUGCGCAACACUUUGAAGCGGCAGGUAGCUAGGUUAUGUUUCCGCAGCUCUCCUGUGUGGCUUGUUUCUGGGAUAUCUUUACUUGCAGGGAGUCGGGCUAAUGGACGACACAUAGAGCCCCUGUGGAUAGCUGGAUUGGUCAUUAUGGGCAUAUAUCUCAUUGUCAUGCUAGCGUCCCCAUAUCUUCUCUACUCUCUCUAUUCUGGCAAGAAUUGGGCAGCACAGCCAUGGAUAUUCGGAUUUGAGGGCUACAUGAAGAUUACUGAUAUUGAAAGACUGAUCUUUGGCAUCGAUCUUGGCCGAUUGAGAUGGAGUCCGUUUUCAAGUGACCUCUCGAUACACGACGAAAAUCAGUUUCAUGAAUGUGAAGGAAAGGACCCGACAAUCGAAAAUCCCACCAUCAAGGAGUUUGUCUCGGCCGCUGGAAAGUCCAAGUUUGGGGACCUCAAGCUUUUUACUUUGGUUGACACGAAUACUAUGACUGUCACCCUAUUUCGUGCAGUCCGUCCACCCGUAGCGAUGUUGCUAUGUGGCAGUGAGGGUGGAAUGGAGCGGGCACUUCUCUGUUCUUACGAUUGGAAGACCCAGACGCUUUGCCGUGAAACUGUUCUGCGGGUUCAAACCGUGGUCUUGGAGCAAAUUUCGCGCGUGGAUCGAUUUCGGCUGGCAUUGAAAAGACCCAAGGGCGAGACGGCUCGUAAGAAUGCCUCUAGGUAG